UAACUGACAGAAAGAACCACAAAGCAGCAAUGCACUCCCUACGGUUUCUGAGCGCUGAAAUUCUGGUCUCCAAGGGGCAGUUGGUAAGACAAAACCUGAGCCAUCUUGCGCACAACCUCUUCCCUCUUCUUUUUAAGGCAAGCUACUUACAAGAGCAGGUGGAGGUGAUUCAUGACCUGGUGGAGAACUGGCCGCUGCCCGAAUUCAAUGUUGGAAAGCUACUGGGAAAGACAGCUGAUCACCCCGAAGACAUCAGUAACAGAGCCUGUUCUUUGUGCCUGGCCAGCUGCCUAGCUGGUUUGAAGGACUAUGUUUUGAAUUGCUCAUCACCCUAUGCGAAACGACUCAAAAUGGUGGACUUAACAGGCAUAAAGGACGUUGAAGUUCAGCUCUGCCCCUGUAGAAAAACAAUGGGGCGAUGGGCCCGGACUGAGCUGCUCUCGAGAACCUGCUAUGAUCUGCUGGUGGACAUGCAAAACUUGCCCUUCCACCCGGAUGUGUUUGAGAUCUCUGUUGAUGUCUUCGCCGACAUCUUUGUUACUGAACGAAGCUAUGAGGUAGUUGUCCAGGCCCUGCUAAUGAGGUGUCACUGCCCACUCAAAAUCCGCUGCAAAGCCUUCCGAGUGGACAGCCUGGCUCUAAAGAAGCUCUUCUACAUCAUAAAGCUUACCGAGCCCUCUUCCCUGGGCAAGUUUGAAGUAGUUCACAAUGUUAGGCUCCAUAUGGAACAUUUGCAAGUGCUUUUUAAUAACGUCCAAUUUCCUAAACUGACAUCACUCACACUGCCAGCUGGGACCUUUGAUGUGAGAAGGUUCACCCCAGAGGAUGAAGCCACUCUUUCAGGAAUUGGGGAAAAGAUGAGCCAGAUGACUCAGCUGAUAGAGUUGAGCCUAGCAUUUUCCACCCUUACUGGACGGCUCCGUAAACUGCUCAGUCCUUUGAAGACACCGCUGAAAAUGCUGGAUGUUUCUAACUGUUCGCUGAACCAUCUUGACAUGGCUUAUUUAGCCAACAGCCUGCAUUCAGAGAGCCUAGAAGCUCUUGACAUCAGUGGACAUGAUGUGGCUGAUUUGUACCCAUCCACCUUCUUCAAACUCCUGAACCAUUCAUCUUACACACUGAAAAGUCUCAUGCUUGAGGAAUGCAACAUUCAGGACAUUCAUAUCAACAUGCUGAUUUUGGGAUUGGUUCCUUGUCGGAAAUUAGAGGAGCUGAAGUUCCUUGGAAAUCCUCUAUCUUCUCGAGCCUUGAAAUGUCUUUUUAAUAUUUUCGUUGAUUUUCCAAGACUGAAAUAUAUUGAAUUUCCAGUUCCGAGGGAUUGCUAUGCAAGCAACAUCAGUUACCCAAUUGGAGAAAGUGAUCUUUCGAAAUUCGACCACCAGAAAUAUGAGGGAAUAGUCGAAGAACUUAACAUGAUUUUAUUGCAAGCAAAGCGGGAAGACAUCACGGCUUCUACUCCCCUCUAUGGAGGGUAUGAUGCUGCAAUUCAGGAAACAGGAAAUGAACUAGGAAUUUCUUUGUUGAAGUCAUUCCAAGAUGCCCUACAAAAUUUCAGCGUGGCACUUAAAGAAAUGAGCUGAAGUUUGAAGCUGAACAAGUAUAAAGAAACAAAAUGUGAGCACAUAUGGAGAACUGAAAAGAGGUUUGUAGUACCAUCAAACUGAUAUCAUGGUCACCUGAAGAUCUCCCAUAGAACUAUAACCAUCCUCUUUUAUACUGGUUUGACCUUCCAUCCUCUUUAUUUCCUGAGAAAAUUCAGACACACAUACUAAAAAUAAGAUAAAUCACAAAUGUAUUUUAAGAAGUAUACAUGGACCUAGUGAUGCCCAUCAGUUCCCUAUUACGCAAUCCAGUGUUGGGCACUCCAUUUAGGGAAUUCCAGAGCAAGCCCUAAUGCAAUAAAUGCAAAACUGUAACCCA